ACGCAACCAGAAGAAAAAAGUUUGUCCCAACUUUCUCUAUAAUACUAGAAUAAAACAAAGUGAAAAUAAACACAGAAAGAGAAAAGAAAAGCAAAUUGAUCAACACAAAGUUCCUAUAAUUAAAACAACAAAGGGAAAGAAGAAGAGGCUGAAUUCCAACAAUAUAUCCAUCAAAGUAUGACAAUGGAGACAGUAACAACAACUCCGAUUUCCGUUGCGGCUCAAACAGGUGAAGACAUCAAUGGUGUUGAGAUGAGCAAGGCUCAGCAAGCUCAACAACAUCAAAAGAAGAACCGAAUUCAAGUUUCCAAUACUAAGAAGCCUCUCUUCUUCUAUGUUAAUCUUGCCAAGAGGUACAUUCAACAACACAAUGAGGUAGAGCUUUCUGCCCUUGGCAUGGCAAUCACCACAGUAGUCACAAUUGCUGAGAUAUUGAAGAACAAUGGCUUGGCAACUGAGAAAAAGGUUUUGACAUCCACAGUAGGUAUGCAAGAUGAGAACAAAGGCCGCCUUGUUCAAAAGGCAAAGAUUGAAAUUGUGUUGGGAAAAUCUGAGAAGUUUGAUAGUUUGAUGACUGCUGCAAGCACAACACCUCCACUAGAGACAAAUGAUGAGCAAGACAAGGAAUGAUGUUACACUUGGGAGAAAAAGAUCAAUUUGAUGAAGUCACAACAUUAAAACAAUCCAAAUCAACAAAUACGCUUCCUUUUGUUGUAAUUUCGCAUAUAUACCUCAUAUGAAUUAUUCUCUCAAACUCAAUUCUUACUACCCCAAAUAGUAAAUAGAAAAAUUUAGGUAAGUAAAUUCAUUAAUUAAAAAAAAAGGACAACAAAGAGGAAGAGGCUGAUAUUUAUGAACUUAUUUUAUCAGCAAAAGAAAAGAAAACAAAAAAAAGAAAAAAAAAACAAAAUCUUCAUUUAUGUGUUUUCCUCACCAAAACAUAUUAACUUUGCAUAAAAGGGAUAUAUUUGUAUGUUCAUUUUUUUGGUUUCCCAUAAAAUUUUCUCUUAUUAUGUACUCUUGGUACAUAGUUUAAAGGGAUACAUACAUAUUUACAUUUGAACUUUUGUCAUUAUAUGUUAUAUCUUGCAACUAGUUGGGACACUGUAAUUUUUUGUUUUCUGCUCAUUGCCAUAUAUAAAAGUGAUAAAUAUUUAACUGCCUA